ACUAACACUGUUCAGUCGGUAACUGUUCCGCUAAUAGGAAAUCAUGCGGUUGUUGCCAAUUUUUCUAUUAUUCGUACUAGUUCAAGCUCAAAAAAAUAAAUGCUUUGUGAGCCACAAAAAUAUUCGAAUAUCUUGUGGGAAAUCUAUAGAUACACGAACUUCAAUCACAUUGGAAGAGUGUGAAUCUGCAUGUGUUCGGUAUAACACCCAAUGUCAGACUAUUCAAUACGACUAUUACCGGAAUAUUUGUGAAAUAUUCAAUGUGCCAUCUCCAUUGCAAAUGAACAAAACAACUUCCGAGGAAAUGCAAAAAAGGGAGAUUGCACUAGGAAACACGGAGUGUGCUAUUGCUUCAUUACUACCAACAAUUGACACAACUCAUCUUAUUCCCAACUGGGAUUGUUUAUCAGAACUCUCUCACUCAGUACUUAAUUCAUCUCAACUGACGCAAUCAUCUCAGCAGCUUGACUUAAAACCAGUUAAAUCGCCCACAUUUACUGGAGAACUUGCAACACCCCAGAGGCCAAAGCCAGAUAUAAAAAUAAAGAAAAUUGCAAAUGAACAAUUCGAGAUAGUAAGCAACACAAUUGGAGGUGCCGAAGAAAGUCGAAAAGAACAAAAAGUGGCAUUGAUGGCUGAACCAAUAGAUAACAUUAAUCAACAACAACAGUUUGAUAACACAUUGCGCAACUUUGCAGUGGAGGUUCUUCCAAUUGUGCCAGAUUGUCCACUGGGCGAACACUCAAGAGUACAAAUCAUCGAAGGUGUUGAGGUAUCACGCGAAGCUACAAUCACAUUCCAAGUGGCAAUUCUAGAGCAGUGCGUUCAAGCAUGUCGAGUCAGCACGUAUGCCGAUGGAUCACGUCUACCACUUUUGUGCAGAUCUGCGCACUUCAACAGAGCAACGAGACAGUGUUCAGUCUACUCCGAUGCAAUCAAUCCAAAUGGAUAUCUUGAAUACAAACCAAAUCAGAAUGUGAUUUACAUUGAGAAAAUCUGCAUUCCGGACACUGUGCUACCUAUGUCGUGUGAUGAUGUCUUUCGAAGGAUACCACAACACAUACUAUUAGGGCAUGCAUCCGAAGUGAUUUCAGUUGCCAGUGAGAAUGAAUGCGUCUUGGAGUGUAUAAAAGCGAAGACACUCCGUUCUGUGGCAUGCCACUCGAUUCUGCACUAUCCGGACUUUUCAUCACUCAACUGCAUUCUUAAUGUUCACACCAGACACACAAAAAACCAGUAUUUCACGCCGGAACUAGCUUAUAAAGUGGAUUAUGUCGAACUUGGUUCAUGUGUGACUAGUGCAGCAUCAGGGCAACUUGCCAGUAGAGCGAUGAUCCCUCCCAACCCAUUCAACAAACCGGCUGUAGCAGCUGACAAUCAAGUUGGUGUUGGAUCAGUGACGUCCGAAUGGACUGAAUGGACACAUUGUGAUGAGAAGACAAGUACGAGAAGCCGACAAAGAGUUUGCAAUGGUUGCAAUGAAAUUAUACAGUUCAUGCCGUGUUUCUCGUCAAACAACUUUGAUGUAGCCUUGCAAAAAUUCAUUAAAGAGCAACAGCAAAAGGAAGCGAUUGUAGACCAAGCAGCACAAGCAAAGGAAAUUGACGCUGAAAAGAAAUUGUUACAGCAACUUGAUGCCAAUCCAACCGUUAUUGAAUUCCCUCAAAAAAUAGACAUUGUCAAACAAGCGCCGAAAAAUUCCGUGGAGUUCUUUGGACCUCCACAAGUACCCCAACAACAAUCGCAAGCACUCAACACAUUUUGAAAUGUAAUAUAUAUUGUGCCUACCAGAUCUUCACUUCAUUCAAAAUUUAUUAAGUUAUUGUUUUAUAUUGACAACUAUUUGUAAAUAACCGUUUCCCAUAAAAUAAACUUUCAAUUGAAAA